AUGACGCAGCAGCAACCUGCUGCUUUGGAGCAGCUCGAGUACAUUACCCGCCAAUUAAAGUCUAGAGGCAGUGACGAUGUUCGAAAAAGGGCGGCUUCGCAGUUGAAGACUCUAGUUGGCGUCUGCCACCGAGAUCUUACCCCGGAACAAUUCCAGUCCUUCUACAAUGCCGUCAAUAAUAAGAUCACGCAACUCAUAACACAUGGCAGCGACUCGGCCGAGCGCCUGGGCGGUAUCUACGCCCUGGAUGCGAUUCUCGACGCCGAAGGCGAAGGCAGUUCGAAAUACACACGAUUCCUUCAAAAUCUGAGGAGCGUUCUGCGGGGAAAAGAGCUGAAUCUGAUGCGACCUGCCGCCGCUACACUCGGUAAACUUUGUCGCCCUGGCGGUUCCAUGAUUUCGGAGCUUGUCGAGGCCGAAGUAAACAUGGCAUUCGAAUGGCUGCAAAAUGACCGAAUCGAGGAACGACGCUACAGCGCGGUACUAGUCUUACGAGAGCUCUCCAUCAGCACUCCGACGUUGAUGUAUCAGUUCAUUCAGACCAUUCUUGAGCUGAUCUGGGUUGGCCUGCGAGAUCCUAAGCAACAAAUCCGCGAGGCGUCAGCCGAGACCGUCAGUGCCUGCUUCCGCAUUAUCCGCGACCGAGACCAGGAAAUGAAGCAGAUAUGGAUGAGCAAGAUCUACAACGAAUGCAGGCAGGGCUUCCGAGUUAAUACUAUGGAGUAUACGCAUGCGUCGUUGCUGGUUUUGAAGGAGCUCCUUGAACAAGGGGGCAUGUUCAUGCAAGAACACUAUCAGGAAUCAUGUGAAAUCGUGUUUCGACACAAGGACCACCGCGAGCCCACCAUUCGAAGUACAGUGGUACUCCUCAUCCCCGACUUAGCAAGCUAUUCUCCUGCCGAUUUUGCCCAAUCAUGGCUGCACAAUUUUAUGGUCUACCUCUCUGGGAUGCUCAAGAAGGAUAAGGAGCGGAAUGACGCGUUCCUUGCCAUCGGAAAUGUUGCUAACUCUGUCAAGAGCGCAAUUGCACCAUACCUUGACGGUGUUCUCAUAUAUGUGAGGGAAGGGCUAAGCGUGCAGUCGCGCAAGAGAGGCUCUGUGGACCCUGUUUUUGACUGCAUCAGUCGCCUCGCCGUGGCAGUUGGCCAAACUUUGACUAAAUACAUGGAAGCGCUGCUCGACCCGAUCUUCGCCUGCGAGCUUACACCCAAAUUAACGCAAGCGUUGGUUGACAUGGCUUUUUAUAUACCGCCCGUUAAGCCCACAAUCCAAGAACGACUUUUGGAUAUGCUUAGUAUUGUUCUGUGUGGCGAGCCCUUCAAGCCACUGGGUGCUCCUCAACCCAACACCCUCUCAUCUGUUCCUAUUAUUGCUAAGGACGGUAAAGACGCACAAGCAUAUGAACACCGCCGAUCUGAAGUCAAACUCGCACUUAACACGCUGGGAAGCUUUGAUUUCACUGGCCACAUUCUGAAUGAAUUCGUGCGAGACGUGGCAAUCAAAUAUGUUGAAGAUGAGGACCCGGACAUCAGAGAAGCCGCCGCGCUUACUUGCUGUCAGCUCUAUGUUCGGGAUCCAAUUGUCAACCAAACAAGCUAUCAUGCACUCCAAGUUGUCGGCGAUGUGAUCGAGAAGCUCCUCACCGUCGGCAUCUCGGACCCUGAACCCAGCAUUCGCGAGACUGUUCUUGCAGCUCUGGAUGAAAGGUUUGAUCGCCACCUUGCCAAGGCUGAAAAUAUCCGUAUUCUCUUCUUUGCUCUAAAUGACGAAACCUUUGCUAUCAGAGAGGUCGCUAUUUCUAUUAUUGGCCGUCUAGCGAGAUACAACCCUGCAUAUGUCAUUCCUUCUCUCCGCAAAACUCUCGUUCAGAUGCUAACGGAGCUGGAGUUCUCGGAUGUCGCCCGGAGCAAGGAGGAAAGCGCUAAACUACUCCGGCUGCUUGUGCAGAAUGCGCAAUCCCUCAUCAAACCAUACGUUGAGCCUAUGAUGUCGGUCCUUCUGCCAAAAGCUAGCGAUCCCAAUGCCGCUGUCGCAGCAACAAUCCUCGACGCAAUCGGCGAGUUGGCAACAGUGGGUGGCGAGGAUAUGCUUCCCUAUAAAGACCGUCUCAUGCCUCUGAUCAUCGAGGCUCUCCAAGACCAGAGCUCAAACCCAAGGCGAGAGGCUGCGCUUCACACUCUUGGACAACUGGCUAGCAACUCAGGCUACGUCAUCCAGCCAUAUAUCGAAUACCCGCAGCUAUUGGAGAAUCUACAGAGCAUCAUCCGCACCGAAGACCAGCGCGGACCCAUUCGGCAGGAAACCAUCAAGCUGAUGGGUAUCUUGGGCGCUCUUGAUCCCUACAAAUGUCAGCAGGCAGAAGAAAAGCCUCUCGAUACCCAACCUCGCUCAGACACGGGGGCGACGACUGAUAUUUCCCUCAUGAUGAGCGGAUUGACUCCGUCUAACAAAGAAUACUUCCCGACCGUUGCCAUCAACGCCCUACUUCAGAUUCUCAAGGAUCAUUCCCUCGCCCAGCAUCAUGCUUCCGUCAUUGAAGCCAUCAUGAGCAUCUUCAGGACCCUUGGCCUAGAGUGCGUUUCCUUCUUGGACCGCAUUAUUCCUGCGUUCUUGCAAGUCAUUCGGUCCUCGCCGUCAACAAGACUGGAGUCCUACUUUAACCAGCUGGCAACGCUGGUGAGCAUCGUCAGACAGCACAUCAGAAACUACCUCCCCAGCAUCAUCGAGAUACUACAAGAAUACUGGAACCAAUCGUCAUCAUCACUGCAGACUACCAUCCUCUCGCUUAUCGAAUCAAUCUCCCGGUCGCUAGAGGGAGAGUUCAAAAUCUUCUUGGCAGGGCUUCUACCAUUGCUGCUCGGUGUUCUCGAGAAAGAUACCAGUCCAAAGCGUGCGCCGUCGGAGAGGGUCUUGCAUGCUUUCCUUGUUUUUGGAGCCAGUGCCGAAGAAUACAUGCAUCUCAUUAUUCCCGUCAUCGUGCGAACAUUCGAGAAACCAGCCCAGCCCGUAUUCCUCAAAAAGCAGGCAAUUGAAUCUAUUGGCAAGAUCUCGAAGCAAGUCAACCUCAACGAUUACGCCGCUAGGAUAAUUCACCCCCUCACGCGCGUGCUUGAUACUAGCGAGCCAGCAUUACGAACUGCGGCAUUGGAUACCAUGUGCUCCCUCAUCCAGCAGCUCGGGCGGGAUUAUAUCAACUUUAUGGGGACUGUAAACAAGGUGGUCAACACGCGCCAAAUUCAGCAUUCAAACUACGAGCUUUUAGUAAGCAAACUCCAGAAAGGCGAUCCGCUCCCCCAGGACCUGAAUACCGAAACACGCUACUUUGAUCGAGGUAUCGAACCUGCAUUCGCAGACCUAGGCACGAAAAAGCUGGAGAUGAAUGCUAUACACUUGAAAACUGCCUGGGAUACUAAGGGAAAGUCGACAAAGGAUGACUGGCAGGAGUGGCUGCGAAGGCUCAGUACAACCUUGUUGUCGGAGUCUCCAAAUCAUGCGCUUCGCGCUUGCGCGACCCUAGCAAGCGCCUACUUGCCACUUGCGCGAGAGCUGUUCAACUCUGCUUUCGUGUCUUGCUGGAGUGAGCUGUUCGAACAAUUCCAGGAUGAGCUGAUCCAAAACAUCGAGAGUGCGAUCAAAUCCGAGAAUGUUCCGCCGGAUUUGCUUGGACUCCUCUUAAACCUUGCUGAAUUCAUGGAACAUGAUGACAAAGCCUUACCGAUUGACAUUCGGGUUCUUGGUCGGGAAGCUGGGCGAUGCCACGCCUAUGCCAAGGCUCUCCACUACAAGGAACUUGAGUUCCUCCAGGAUCAAAGCAGCGGCGCGGUGGAGGCCUUGAUAGUGAUCAACAACCAGCUCCAGCAGUCGGAUGCUGCAAUCGGUAUCUUGCGAAAAGCUCAGCUCUAUAAGGAGGGAAUUCAGCUGCGCGAGACCUGGUUCGAGAAGCUUGAGCGCUGGGAGGAGGCCUUGGCAUUUUACAAUAAGCGCGAAGCCGAAGUGCCCCCAGAGCAAGCCGUCCCUAUCGAUAUUGUGAUGGGUAAGAUGAGAUGCCUACACGCGCUCGGCGAAUGGGAUGCCCUUGCGACGCUCACAGGUAACACCUGGCAAAACUCGGCUCCUGAAGUACAGCGCAAGAUUGCACCACUGGCAACUGCAGCUGCCUGGGGACUUGGCAAGUGGGAUUCUAUGGAUAACUACUUGUCUUUAUUGAAGCGCAACUCCCCAGACCGCUCAUUUUUCGGCGCCAUUCUUGCCCUACACAGAAAUCAAUUCAGAGAGGCGAUACUCAACAUUCAACAAGCCCGCGAGGGCUUGGACACGGAGCUAAGUGCACUCGUCAGCGAGUCGUACAAUCGAGCUUAUCCUGUUAUCGUUCGCGUGCAGAUGCUUGCUGAGCUAGAGGAACUCAUCACAUACAAGCAGUGUGACGAGAAGAAGCGUGCGACGAUGCGUAAGACCUGGGAGACACGUCUUGAAGGCUGUCAGCGCAAUGUUGACCUCUGGCAUCGUGUGCUCAGACUCCGUGCGUUGGUUAUUACCCCCGCGGAGAAUAUGCGCAUGUGGAUCAAGUUUGCCAACCUAUGUCGCAAGUCUGGUCGCAUCGGCCUUGCUGAGAAAUCGCUGAAGCAGCUGAUUGGAGUUGACGCCCCUCUCGAGAACAUGAUUCCGUUUUGGAAGGAGGGCUCGACGCUACCGAAGAAUGUUCCGGCUCAGGUCAUCUACGCUAUGCUUAAGUUUCAGUGGGAGACUGGCCUACAGCCCAGCAGUCUACCAUUGCGCCGCAUUUCUGAGCGCACUCUGUAUUGUUUACAGAGGUUCACCAACGAGACUGCUCAUCGAUUCGACAUGACCAAGAUGCACCUCUCAUCCCAGUCUGGCACAGAGCUUACCUCGGUCGACUACUCAUUCCAGAGUCAAGUCGAUUCAUCAAUCAUCACACCGCAGACUCAACGAGCACUCAUGGAGCAGACUGUGCUUCUCGCGAAGUGUUACCUUCGUCAAGGCGAAUGGCUUAUCGCGCUCAACAAGGACAACUGGCAACGUGACAAUGUUGACGAGAUUCUCGCCUCCUAUUCGCAAGCCACGAAGUAUAACCCGCGCUGGUACAAGGCAUGGCAUGCCUGGGCUCUCGCCAACUUUGAGAUUGUUCAGACUCUCACAGCCCGAACCGAGGCUGAUGCCAAUCGUACGGACUCCGCCACUAUCCUUCAGCACGUUGUACCUGCCAUCCAGGGAUUCUUCAAGUCAAUUGCACUCUCUGCUGGUAGCUCGCUUCAGGAUACCCUUCGGCUGUUGACACUGUGGUUCACCCAUGGCGGCCAUGCAGAUGUCCACGCAGCCGUCACAGAAGGGUUCUCAAACGUCAGUGUUGAUACUUGGCUUGAGGUUCUUCCUCAACUGAUCGCACGUAUCAAUCAGCCCAACAUGCGAGUACAGCAGUCGGUGCAAAAUCUGCUUGCCGAUGUUGGGCGAGCGCAUCCUCAAGCGCUGGUCUAUCCUCUCACGGUCGCCAUGAAAUCUGCCCAGAGCACUCGCAGAUCACGAUCUGCAGCGCAGAUUAUGGACAGCAUGCGUCAGCACAGCGCCAACCUAGUAGCCCAAGCCGAUCUUGUCAGCCAUGAGCUCAUUCGUGUCGCAGUCUUGUGGCAUGAACAAUGGCACGAAGGCCUAGAAGAAGCCUCCAGGCUAUACUUUGGUGACCAGAAUAUCGAGGGCAUGUUUCAAACGCUUGAUCCACUCCACAACCUCCUAGAGCGUGGACCGGAAACGCUGCGUGAGGUCUCAUUUGCACAAGCAUUCGGUCGCGAUCUUAGGGAGGCGCAAGAAUGGUGCCACCAGUACGAGACAAGCAGAGACAUGAAUGAUCUGAACCAAGCCUGGGAUCUCUACUACCAGGUCUUCCGUCGAAUCUCUCGACAGUUGCCGCAGGUCACCACUCUUGAUCUGACCUACUGCUCGCCCAAGCUCCUAAACGUCAAGAAUCUCGACCUAGCCAUCCCAGGUACCUACCGCAGCGGCCAGCUCCCUGUAAGGAUCCAAUCAUUCGAGCCCACUUUGACAGUCAUCAACUCGAAGCAGCGUCCUCGAAAGAUCACUGCAAGUGGCACGGAUGGAAAUGCAUACCCCUUCCUUCUCAAGGGUCACGAAGAUAUCCGGCAAGACGAACGCGUCAUGCAGCUGUUUGGUCUCUGUAACACGCUUCUGGCAAGCGAUGCAGAGUGCUUCAAGCGCCACCUGACCAUUUUGCGCUUCCCGGCGAUUCCGCUGUCUCAAAGCUCCGGCCUUAUAGGGUGGAGGUCCAAUACUGAUACUCUCCAUGUCCUAAUUCGAGAGUACCGAGAGAGCCGCAAGAUUCUUCUUAAUAUAGAGCAUCGGAUUAUGCUCCAGAUGGCUCCCGAUUAUGACAACCUCACACUUAUGCAAAAAGUGGAGGUCUUUGGGUAUGCUUUGGACAAUACCACCGGCCAGGAUCUCUACCGUGUUCUCUGGCUCAAAUCCAAGUCGUCUGAGGCCUGGCUCGAGCGCCGCACCAACUACACCAGAUCUCUGGGUGUCAUGUCAAUGGUCGGAUACAUCCUAGGUCUGGGCGAUCGUCAUCCGUCCAACCUCAUGCUUGACCGUCUCAGCGGACACAUCUUCCACAUCGAUUUUGGUGACUGUUUCGAGGUUGCAAUGAAGCGGGAGAAAUACCCGGAACGCGUACCGUUCCGCCUGACACGUAUGCUCACAUACGCCAUGGAAGUCAGCAACAUUGAGGGAAGCUUCAGAAUCACCUGCGAGCACGUUAUGCGACUCCUCAGAGAUAACAAGGAGAGUGUCAUGGCAGUCCUAGAAGCUUUCAUCCACGAUCCUUUGCUGACUUGGCGUCUAACUAACACGGCGUCGCCUACAGGGCCAAACUUCCGCUCCGAGAGAGAGGCGGUUCUGAUCGGCCUCAAUGGUGGAGGUAGAGCACGAAGAGCGUCGAUUCUCGACGCGGACGUUGCCCCAUCCGAGCUGAUGGCUGGCAACCCUGGCGCACUUGUUGCCCGGCCCAGGGCCAGAACCAACAGCCGAGCCGAGCCGGACGGUGCUAACGGCGCGCAAGACACGGAGACCCAGAAUGCCAGGGCUAUUGAGGUUUUGGAUCGUGUGGUUCAAAAGCUCAACGGGCGCGACUUCAAGGAGAACGAGGAACUGGAUGUUGUGAAUCAAGUCAACAAGCUCAUCAUCGAAGCGACAAAGCUGGAGAAUCUUUGCCAGCACUACAUUGGAUGGUGCAGCUUCUGGUGA